AGCUGACCGCUAGGUGUGGUCAUGUGAUUUCUUGCAGUAAUAAAGGCGUGUACAGCGCGGUCCACAAACUCAAGCGUCAACAAUGGGCCGGGCAGGAGCAGCCUCCACUUUCUUGUUUCUACUCGCCGUUGUCGCCAGUAAAGGGCUCCCCAGUCCGCUGAGAGGCCAAGAAACCUGGAGCUAUGUGGAAGUGAGGGAUGGGGCCCAUAUGUUCUGGUGGCUGUACUAUGCCGACAGCCAGUCUGCAGAGUACAAGGACCUGCCUCUGGUCAUGUGGCUGCAGGGGGGACCAGGAGGAUCAGGAACUGGCUUUGGGAAUUUUGAGGAAAUUGGACCUUUGGACAGGAACCUAGAGCCCAGAAAAACAAGCUGGGUCCAGGCAGCCAGUGUGUUAUUCGUGGACAACCCUGUGGGCACUGGCUUCAGCUACACUGACAGCCCAAAGGGCUAUGCUACCGAUGUGGCCACGGUGGCCUCAGAUAUGCUGGUGCUGCUCAAACAGUUCUUUACAGAGAGGGCUGAGUUCCAG